CCUUCUGCCCCCGCGCGCAGCCGCGGCCGACACACAGUGUAGUGCUGCGCCCAUGCCGCCGCUCGGCUGAGGAGGAGGACGUCGUGUGUCGCACGUCUGGUCGUCUCUCUCAAUGGCGCAGCCGUCUGCUGCUGCGCCGGCUGAGCCGGCUGCGCCCGCGGCUUCGGCAGAGGUGACGAUCGAGUGCCUGCCCGAGGAGCUGCUGCUGCACGUGUUCUCCCUGCUGCCGCUGGAGGACCUGGUGUGCCGGGCGGCGCGCGUGUGCGACGUGUGGCAGCGCCUGGCCUACGACGACUCGCUCUGGCUCGGCGCGGAGCUCCGCUACACCAGAGACACGCAGAAUGACUUCAUUGAGGUGCUGCGGCGCGCGCCCUCGCUCCGCUACCUGGACUACUCGGGCUACACCUGCGACAUGCCCGCCGAGGUGGCCGACGCACUGAGCAGCGGCGUCAGCCGCGUCCGGGAGCUGUACCUGCAGACCACCAGUCAGAUCGACGGCAGCGUCAUCGAGCGGAUCCUGCUCCACUUCAAGGACCACCUGGAGACGCUCACCCUCUUCAUCAACUCCAACGUGGCCGGGUGCAGCUUCAAGGCGAGCGACCAGGAACAGGGAACGGCGGCGGUGGGCGGGGCGUCGACGGCGUCGGCGGGCCAGGACCUGGAGUCGCUGUCCGUGGUGGGCUCGCUGCGCGCGCUGCGCACGCUCGUGCUCAAGGGCGCGUGGCGGUGCCUGCUCAAGCACGCCGACGUCGGCCUGGGCUGCCCGUCGCUCCGGGAGCUCGACAUCAGCGGCCUCAGCACCGACUUCUUCGACGACGGCGACUGCUUCUUCUUCGUGCUGCUGCUGCGCCACAAGCGGCGCCACCUCCAGGCCGUCCGCCUCAACGGCUGCUACAUGCCCCCCUGCCUGCUGACGGAAGUGGCACAGCUGCAGGCGCUGCGGUCCAUCACGACGCCGCUGGCCACGCUGAGCGUCAUCGAGGCCCUCGAGAGCCUGGAGGCGCUGCACAUCCAGGGCGUGGGCCGGCGGGAGGACCUCAUCGCCAUGCAGCACGACGUGGCCGCUUUCAUGCGCAGCUGCCCGCGCUUCGGAGCCAUCAAGGAGCUGAUCCUGGAGGACGUGAGCGACUACAGCAAUAGCAUGGCGCCCGCGCUGGCGGCGAGCUGCGGCCGCCUCGAGACGCUGCGGCUGUCGACGGGCACCUGGCUGGACCCGCACGGCCUGUCCGAGCUGGUGCGCGGCCUACGCCAGCUGCGCCGCCUGCAGCUGCGCGGCUGCGCCACGCUGGGCCUGCGCCACCUCCAGGCGAUGCCGCGCCACCUGCCACACCUGCAGCUGCUCGACGUGCGCGGCUGCUUCGGAGGGCGCGGGGUGCCGCCGGGGGUGCUGCGCCGCCUGCGCCGCGGCCUCCCCAACCUGCGCGUCCUCUGCGACCCCGCUGCCGCCGCCCCGGCCAGCAGGUCUUCGGAGCGUGAGGCCGGCUACUCCUUCCAGCGGACGCAGGUGGCCACCGACCUCUCCAGCACCGAGUCCGGCUCCAGCGACGAGGAGUAGCUAAGACUGCAAGGGGGGGAAAAGGGGGGGGUGAAAGGAGUUGUUACGCCGGUGAAUUUACCGGCGUUGUACCUGAUGGCACGUACUCUAUGAUUUACUUAAGACUGAGAUUAUUAUUUUUUUCUGAU